AUUAUCUCAGUUUAAACACGACACAGUAACUGAGCACAACACAAUAGAACAAAAUUCCCAAAUAUUGUUGUUUCAGGUCUAGGAAAUUCAAAAUUAUUCUUUUGUUUUUGAUAGAGCGACUGAGGAUUCCCUACUUUCAAGACUAUACCCAAGAGAACCUCAAGCUCUAAUCUCAAAUAAAACAUGGCCGAGAAGAAAUCCCAGGACAAUAAUGAUAAUGCCAGUGGAUCCCAGAAUCGAACGAGCCGCGUGGAAGCCCACGUUCGCCAGCAAGAACAGAAUAAUGCUAUAUUUGCUCGACUUUUUGCCAGUUUGGAUGCCGAACAUCGUAAAUUGAGGGAACUUGAAGAGCGCAGAUCGCAGCUAAUUGAAGAAAUGAAAUAUUUGAGGUCUGUACUCUUUGCGGAGAAUAAGAAACUUCGGCAGACCGUUGCUCCCAUUUCGGGAGGAAAUCCAUUACCAAUUCCAGCUACCACCAACAGUGCUCGUCCCGUCGUGAAAACUGGUUCGGAGAAACCUUCCGGCUCUAGGACCUCUCCCAUUAUCAAGUCAGCACGUUUGGAACGGAGACCUUCCAAUAAAUCGGUUACAAUUGCCGAUCCACCAACACAAAGUUUAAACACCAGCUCCAGACCCAAGGCAAGUAGUUCACAAGUUUUAAAGAAAAAGGAAAAUCGACGCAGUCUCAUGGUUCCAACAAGGAAAAAUAAACAUAGAAUUACUUUGGAUAACUUAUCAAAUACCAGGGAGGACAUGUUAGACGAGAUCGAUGAGUCUGCAUUGGCAACUUCUGUGGGCUCCAACUUGCGAACUUUGGAGCAGCGUAUAUCCAAUUUAGAGGAACGAGAAGAUAUAGACGAAGUUUUGGUCUCGCUGUCAGCAUUAUUCACCUUUAUGGAUUCACAAAAUACAGACCAGGCCAUUUUACCAAGUGCUGCUGAUACCAAUGAUUCAAAAACUGACGAAGUGCUUCCCAAUACCGAUCAAGAUCCAAGUUUUUAUCUCCCAAGUGCCGAUUCUUUGUUCAAGGACAUACUAGGACCGAAUUCACCACACGUAGGGGUGAAUUUGCCAGAAGAAUCACUUGAAUUACAACCAGUUGGCUUUGUCGAAUGUUCAGCGAACGUGGCGGAAAUCGUUGAAAAUGAACACGAAACGGAAACGGAAACGGAAACUGAUUAAAAGCCCCGUUUAAGGGUUUUUAAGACUU